AUGACAGAUGGGUCGUCAUCUUCCUUCUUUCAUGAUUUUGGACUGCUGUUGUAUUUGGAGGAGCUAAACAAAGAGGAAUUGAAUAAAUUCAAGUUAUUUUUAAAGAAUGAGACCGUGGAGCCCAGGAACUGCCAGAUACCCUGGGCUGAGGUGAAGAAGGCCAAGCGAAAGGACCUGGCUAGUUUGAUGAAAAAAUAUUAUCCGGGGGAGCAAGCCUGGGAUGUGGCUCUCAAAAUCUUUGGCAAGAUGAACCUGAAGGAUCUGUGUGAGAGAGCAACAGCAGAGAUCAACUGGACAGCCCAGACCAUGGGACCAGGUGAUGCCAGGACACAAGAGGAACAAGAUGGUCAGGAGACAGUGCAGGGUGAUGGAACAGAAUACAGAAUCCAAAUAAAGGAAAAAUUUUGUAUCAUGUGGGAUAAGAAGUCUUUGUUUGGAGAACCUGAAGAUUUCCAUCUUGGAGUUGCUCAGGAAGAUCAAGAACUGUUGGAACAUCUAUUCGACGUAGAUGUGAAAACCGGUGAGCAGCCCCAGACUAUCGUGCUCCAGGGGGCUGCUGGAGUUGGGAAAACAACCUUGGUGAGAAGAGCAAUAGUAGAUUGGGCCCAGGGCAAUCUCUAUCAGCAGAGGUUUAGCUAUGUUUUUUAUUUCAAUGCAAGAGAAAUCAACCAGUUGAGAGAACAAAGCUUUGUUCAAAUGGUAUCAAAGGACUGGCCCAGCAGGGAAGGUCCUAUUGAAAGGAUAAUGUCUGAGCCAAGUAGUCUCCUUUUUAUUAUUGAUAGUUUUGAUGAACUGAACUUUGCCUUUGAGGAACCUGAGUUUGUGCUAUGUGAAGACUGGACCCAGGUACACCCAGUGUCCUUCCUUAUGAGUAGUCUGCUGAGGAAAGUGAUGCUCCCUGAGUCAUCUUUAUUGGUGACAACGAGACCUACAGCUUGUAAGAAACUAAAGCCUUUGUUGAAGAACCAGCGUUCUGUAGAGCUGCUGGGUAUGUCCGAGAGUGCAAGAAAGGAGUAUAUUUAUCAGUUUUUUGAAGACAAGAAGAGGGCCUUCCAGGUAUUCAACUCACUAAGAAGCAAUGAGAUGCUUUUCAGCAUGUGCAAAGUCCCCCUGGUGUGCUGGGCCAUCUGCACCUAUCUGGAGCAGCAGAUGGAGAUGGGUGGUGAUGUCUCAUUAACCUGCAAAACAACUACCACUCUGUUCACCUGCUAUAUCUCUAGCUUCUUCGCACCAGUAGAUGGAAGCUAUACUAGUCUACCCAACCAAACCCAACUGAGGAGCCUGUGCCACUUGGCUGCCAAAGGAGUGUGGACUCUGACAUCUGUGUUCUACAGGGAAGAUCUCAGAAAGCAUGGGUUAACUAAAUCGGAUGUGUCGAUUUUCUUGGACAGGAAUAUCCUUCAAAAGGACAUGGAGUAUGAAAAUUGCUAUGUGUUCACCCACCUGCAUGUUCAAGAGUUUCUUGCAGCUAUGUUCUAUGUAUUGAAAGACAACUGGGAGAUCAGGGACCGUCACCUUCAGUCAUUUGAAGAUGUGACGCUAUUGCUUAAAGCCAACAGUGGUCAAGAUCCCCAUUUGACGCAGAUGAAAUGCUUUUUGUUUGGCCUUUUGAAUGAAGAUCUAGUGAAACAACUGGAGACAACUUUGAACUGUACAAUGUCGCUGGAGAUAAAAGGGAAGAUCCUUCGGUGGCUGGAGAUCCUGGGGAAGAGUGAACAUUUUCCAACACAGUUAGAAUUUCUGGAGUUGUUUCUCUGUCUGUAUGAGACUCAAGAUGAAGCAUUUAUAAGCCAGGCAAUGAAACCUUUCCAAAAGGCUGUUAUUGAUGUUUGUGGGAAAGUCCACUUGCUUGUGUCUUCAUUCUGCCUUAAGCACUGCCAGUGCUUACGGGCCUUUAAACUGUCUGUAACUGUGUCAUGUGAGACGAUGUUAAACUCAAGCCACCCAGCUGCACUUUGGGAUGGUGGUCAUAUUACUCAUUGCUGGCAAGAUCUCUGUUCUGUGCUUCGUACAAAUGAGCACUUGAGAGAACUGGAACUGUGUCAUAGCAACCUCGGUGAAUUAGCCAUGAAGACUUUUUAUCAAGAACUGAGGCAUCCAAACUGUAAACUACAAAAACUAUUGUUGAGAUUUCUUUCUUUCCCUGGUGGUUGUCAGGAUAUUGCAAAUUCUUUGACUGACAACCAGAAUCUGAUGCAUCUUGACCUGAAAGGGAGUGAUAUAGGAGACAAUGGAGUAAAGUCAUUAUGCGAAGCCUUGAAACACCCAGAGUGUAAACUACAGAAUCUGAGCUUGGAAUCCUGCGACCUAACUACAGUUUGCUGUCUAAAUAUCUCUAAGGCUCUCCUCAGAAGCCAGAGCCUGAGAUUUCUGAAUUUGUCGACCAAUCACCUAUUGGAUGAUGGGAUCAAGCUGUUGUGUGAAGCCUUAGGACAUCCCAAGUGUCACCUAGAGAGACUGUCCCUAGAAAGCUGUGGUCUCACAGUAGCUGGUUGUGAGGAUCUUUCUUUGGCUGUCAUCAACAACAAAAGGUUGACACAUUUGUGCUUGGCAGACAACAUCUUGGGAGAUGAUGGAAUAAAAUUUGUGACUGAUGCUUUGAGAAACCCACAGUGCAAUCUCCAGAGCCUCGUGCUGAGGCGUUGCCACUUCACUUCGCUUAGUGGUGAACAUCUCUCAUCCGCUCUCCUGUGCAACAGGAGCCUGACACACCUGGAUCUGGGGUCAAACCGGCUACAGGAUGAUGGAGUAAAGCUUCUGUGUGAUGCCUUUCGGCAUCCAAGCUGUCACCUUCAGGAGCUGGAAUUGUUGGGCUGUGUUCUUACUAGUACGUGUUGUCUGGAUCUGGCUUCUGCUAUUCUGAACAACACACACCUGCGGAGCCUGGACCUUGGACACAAUGACCUGCAGGAUGAUGGAGUAAAAGUUCUGUCUGAGGCUUUGAGACAUCCAAACUGCAAUAUUGAGAGGCUUGGGUUGGAAUAUUGUGGUUUGACUUCCCUGUGUUGUCAGGAUCUCUCCUCUGUUCUUAGAAGCAACCAAAACCUGAUAAAAAUAAACCUGAGACAGAAUACUUUAGGGCACGAAGGAGUGAUGAAGUUAUGUGAAGUCUUGAGGUCUCCUGAAUGUAAACUGAAAGUUCUAGGGGUGUGCAAAGAGGCGUUUGAUGAGGAAGCCCGGAAACUUCUGGAAGCUGUGCAAGUUAGCAACCCACACCUUAUCAUUAAGCGUGAUUACACUGAUCACAAUGACGAAGAUGGUUCCUGGUGGUGCUGUACCUGAUUUAUAGAACCUAAUGUUCUUUUAAAAAGUGAAAUA